AUGUCCUUAAUACAGAGACCGAUUUCCCAUUGCUUAUUCACCGCGCCUUUCAUUAUCAUUCUUGCCUUGGCUUCUUCUUCUUUCCAUGUUGCUAUUUCUUCUUCCUCUGCAACUUCACCUUCCAAAAUAGUAACAAUGAUGGGACCAGAAGCAGAGGCUCUUUUGGAAUGGAAAGCCAGCCUUGACAACCAAAGCCAGUUUCGUCUCGUAAGUCUUAAUCUCAGCGACAAUUUACUCUAUGGUACCAUUCCUUCCCAAUUGGGAAACCUUUCUAAGCUGAUAUACCUUGAUUUAUCUACCAACCAACUCUCUGGAAGAAUUCCAUGUGAAAUAAGCCAACUGACAAGCCUUCGUAUAUUAGAUCUUCAUGAAAAUUACAUCACCGGAUCUAUUCCUCAUCAAAUUGGAAAGUUACACUUGCUCAAUGAGCUAAAUUUGUCUAGUAACAGUCUCACAGGUUCAAUCCCUAUAGCAAUUGGAAACUUGAGCAACUUAAUUACUCUGCGUCUUUAUGAUAACAAACUUUCCGGGUCUAUUCCUCAAGAACUUGGUAAGCUAACACCUCUUGCUUGGCUUAACCUGUAUGAAAACAAUCUCUCAGGCUUAAUUCCUACUUCUAUAGGAAACUUAAGCAAUCUGAGUGUUUUACGCCUCAGCAAUAACACACUUUCUGGACCCAUACCUGAAGAAAUUGGAAAGUUGGGAUUUCUUAGUGAUCUUGCUCUGUACAUGAACAAUCUCUCUGGUCCAAUACCUGCUUCUAUAGGAAACUUGAGCAACUUGUCUACUCUUUAUCUAUGGGAGAACAAUCUUUGUGGAUCUAUCCCUUCUUCUAUAGGAAACUUGAGCAAUUUAGCCAUUUUAGACCUUAGCGACAACAAACUUUCUGGAUCAAUACCUGCUUCUAUAGGAAACUUGAGCAACUUGUCUACUCUUUAUCUAUGGGAGAACAAUCUUUGUGGAUCUAUCCCUUCUUCUAUAGGAAACUUGAGCAAUUUAGCCAAUUUAUCCCUUAGCGAAAACAAACUUUCUGGUUCAAUCCCUGCUUCCAUUGGGUACUUGACAAAGCUCACACUCUAUUUAAUUUGCAUACAAAUAAAUUAUCUGAAUGAACUCAAUGGCUCCAUCCCUUUUCAAUUUAAUAAUCUAACAUAUUUGGAGGUUUUGACACUUUCUGAAAACAUGUUGUCCGGGUAUCUUCCUCAAAAUGUUUGUUAUGGUGGAUCACUUCAAAACUUCUCAGCAUCUGACAACUAUUUCAUAGGUUCCAUUCCAAAAAGUUUGACAAACUGCACUGGUUUAAUAAGAUUGAACUUGCUCGGAAACCAUUUAGGAGGAAAUAUAUCAGAAGAUUUAGGCAUUUACCCGAAUUUGAUAUAUAUUGAUUUGAGAUAUAACAAUUUCUAUGGAGAACUUUCUCAAAAGUGGGGGAAGUGCCAAAGUUUGCAAAGCUUGAAAUUCUCCAAUAAUAGAAUUUCUGGUGUAAUUCCUUCUCAGCUUGGAGGAUCCAUCCAGCUGCAUUUGCUUGAUCUCUCCUUCAAUCAUAUAGUCGGGCAGAUUCCAAAGGAAUUAGGAAGUUUGACGUCAUUGUUUCUACUUAAUCUGGGUGGUAAUAAACUUUCAGGUAGUAUUCCAUUGGAAAUUGGAAUGCUAUCCAAUCUACAAUAUCUUAUUCUCUCAGCCAACAAUUUAACCGGAUCAAUUCCAAAACAAAUAGAAGGGUGCUCAUUAUUGUUGAACUUAAGUUUAAGCAAAAAUAAACUUAGGGGGGCUAUUCCCUCUAAGAUUGGAAAUUUAAACUCUCUUGAAAUGCUCGAUUUAAGUGAGAAUUCACUUAUAGGGAAAAUACCACCUCAACUUGGAGAUAUGCAAAGGUUAGAAACAAUGAAUCUCUCCCACAAUGAUCUGUCUAGCUCCAUUCCCUCCACUUUUGGUGAAAUGUCUGGAAUGUCAAGCUUGAUUAGCGUUGAUAUAUCAUACAAUCGAUUGGAGGGUCCUCUUCCCAACAAUAAAGCCUUUUGUGAGGCUCCGUUUGGAGCAUUAAGAAAUAAUAGUGGUUUGAAGGCCUGCCCCUCUUCUAUUACCCGGAGCAAGAAUUAUGGUGAGAAAAGGCAAAAUAAAGUUGUGAUUUUCUUUAUUGUUCCUAUCUUAGGCACAAUGUUUCUAUCAUUGAUUGUAUUUGGGAUUCUUUACCAUGUUCUCAAGGGCCAAGGUAAGUGGAACAAGCUAAACAAUCUAAGAGAAGCUCAAAAUGGUAAUACGUUCGAACUUUGGAGCUAUGAUGGGAAAAUGGUGUAUGAAAGUAUCAUUGAAGCAACAGAGGGAUUUGACUCCAAACAUUGUGUUGGAGUGGGAGGGUGUGGAAGUGUUUAUAAAGCGGAGCUACAAACAGGUCAAGUUGUUGCUGUGAAAAAAUUUCAUUCAAUACAGGAUAAUAGGAUUGCCAAUGCAAAGGCUUUUGAAAAUGAGAUUCAUGCUCUACUAGAAAUUAGGCAUCGCAAUGUAGUAAAGCUUUAUGGCUUUUGCUCACAUCCACGACACUCAUUCUUAGUUUAUGAGUUUUUAGAAGGGGGAAGCUUGAAAGAGAUAUUGAGCAAUGAAAAAGAGGUAGUUAAUUUUGAAUGGGUUAAAAGGGUGAAUGUAGUUAAAGGCAUGGUUGAUGCUUUAUCCUACAUGCAUCAUGAUUGCUCACCUCCGAUAGUUCAUCGAGACAUAUCAAGCAAGAACAUCAUGUUGGAUUUGGAAUAUGAGGCUCACAUCUCAGAUUUUGGCACGGCUAAGUUUUUAAAUGCUGACUCAUUGAAUUGGACUUCAUUUGCCGGAACAUUUGGAUACACAGCUCCAGAGCUCGCAUACACAAUGGAAGUGAAUGAAAAAUGUGAUGUUUAUAGUUUUGGAGUGUUAACAUUAGAAAUAAUCAUGGGAAAGCAUCCAGGAGACCUCAUCUUGUUUCUCUCAACAUCGUUGUCAUCAUCAGCAACAAGUUCAACUGCCCACAAUAUUCUAUUGAAGGACAUUUUGGACCUACGCCUCGAACCUCCGGAAAAUGAAGUCUUAUUGAAAGUGGUCUCUAUUGUGAAGCUUGCAUUUGCAUGCUUGGCAACCAAUCCAAAAUCUAGGCCAGCCAUGCAGGAGGUUUCCCGAGAGAUAUCCGUUGGAAGAGCACCUAUAUCGUCAGAGCUGUUUGACAUGCUUACCUUGGGUUUAUUGUUUAACAAUGGUUGAUGUAGUGAUUAUGUGAAGCUUUUAUUUUUUAUGAUCUUGUUCAUAGUUUGUCCCUCAGUUUGCUUUAUCGAACUAAAUUUGAUCAAUAAACCAGUUGGAAUCCAAUUUCGUAUUACAUCAGAUAGUGACCCUGAAGAA